AUGACUUUGACGAAUGGCACACAUCAGCACUCAUUUUUCAAUAUUGAUGAAGUCAAAUCGAAAGCGGUGCUCAAUUUGAUCACACAGCUUAUCAAUGAGGUCACCAACAUCACUGAGACGUUUCCAUUGGAAAAAGGCCAAACCGCCGAGGGUCUCGUCAAUGACGUCGAUGCCAGCAUUCAGAAGUUCCUCGAAAUGGGCUCCUACGCUAUCUCGACGUGUCUCAUCGCGAAAACCGAUCCGCACGCGUUAGAUCAGCUGAAACGAGCGCUCGAUGCCGUUCAAGAUACAGGCCAAGAAAUGUCGCGAACCGGUCGCGAUUUUGUGCGCGAUUCGACGUCGUCAUCGAAACGCUCGAGCGCGGUGAACGCCGGCCGACAGUUGCUCAACGCCGUCGCCUACUUCCUCAUCAUCGCCGAUGCGAUCGACGUGCGCGGCAUCGUCGAGAUGGUCGAUCAUCUACGCGAGACGGUGCAUCGCAUUCAGGCGGCCGAGUCGAAAAUCGAGGUCGACGAGCUCUACAAGUUGCUGAUGUCGCAAAUCGAGGAUCUCGAUGUGACGGUGCGACGGCGCGCCGUCGAUUUGGUCAAACCGAAUCAGCAGGACGAUCUGCUCGCGGCGAGGAAUGCGCUCAAAACGACGGCCCCUCUAUUAUACACCGCCACAAAAACGUUCGUCCGUCAUCCCGAGCACGAUCAAGCGCGAAAGAAUCGCGAUUUUUCGUUGUACGAGAUGCGCGUCGCACUCGACGACAUCGAGCGCGUCCUCAAUGGAGCGUCGCCUCAAUUGACGUUCUCCGAGCACGGUCGAAUCGGCGAUCUCAUCAACGAGAUCGACAUGUUCCAGAAUCGCAUCGAAGUCGAACCAUCGGCGUAUCGUCGCGAGAUUCAUCGACCCGAGCUCGAGGAGCUCGCCGAGCGAAUUGUCAGCGGCUCGGCGUCGAUAGCGGAUGCCGAGAGCACACGCGAAUCGCGAAAACAGAAAAUCGUCGCCGAAUGCAAUAAUUUGAGGCAGGCGCUUCAGGAGCUUCUCACCGAAUAUGAGAAAAGUGUAAGUCGUUUCGACAGAAGCCAAUCGAACAAUGAUGAUAUUCCGUUGGGCAUCGCCGAAGUUCAUCGAAAAACGAAGGAUUUGAGGAGACAUUUGCGUCGAGCCAUCGUCGAUCACAUCAGCGACGCGUUUCUCGACACACAGACGCCGCUCGCGUUGCUCAUCGAGGCGGCGAAAUCGGGCGAUCACGAGCACACGCGCCAUCGCGCCCAAUUGUUCUUUCAGCACGCCGACAAAAUCAUUUCGGUGGCGCGCCUGUCAUGUCGGCUCUCAUCGGACGUCGAAAGCGUCAGCGUCAUCAUGCACACGUCGACGCAACUCGAGAAGUUGGCGCCUCAAGUCGCCGACGCCGCCUAUCUGUUGUGCUCGAAGCCCGACAGCAAAACGACGCAAGAGAAUAUGGAGAGUUUCGCGAAAAUUUGGAUUGACAAGGUUGUAUUGUUGACGACGGCGUUGGACAAUAUCACGACACUCGACGAUUUUCUUGCGGUCAGCGAGGCGCACAUUGCCGAGGAUUGUAAUGAGGGAAUUCAGGCGAUUAUGGCUUCGGUGUCGAAUGCCGGCGAGAACGCGCAUCAAUGCGCGCGCGUCGAUUCGGCGGCGGGCGCGAUUCGCGGUCGCGCUCUUCGCGUUUGCGACGUCGUCGACAAUGAGAUGGACUUUCUGCAGACGUCCGAUUACACGGAGACGGUGAAAUCGGCAGUGAGGAUACUUCGCGACAAGAGGGUCACCGAAUUUUCGGCGCGCGCUGGCGAUUUGGUCGAUCGGCAGCAGGCUUCAGGCGUUUCAUGGAAUGCCACCGACAAAGAAUCCGAGAUGAACGAGUUUAUCAACGCGUGCACAUUGGUUCACGACGCCGUCAAAGAGAUUCGUCACGCGCUUCUGAUGAAUCGAAGUAUGCACGACGUCGAUUCCGACAACGAGUAUGAAGCCGAUGGGCAAACGGCCGCCGACGCGACCAAGAUUCCCGAUCAGGACAAUCAGCAGAAAUUGAUGAGGCGAUUGCCGGAAGAGGAGAAGAAGAAGAUCCAGGCGCAAAUCGACAUCUUCAAGGUGACGCAGACACGAUUCGAGCGCGAAGUGGCGAAGUGGGACGAGAGCGGCAACGAGAUUAUCAGUUUGGCGAAUCACAUGUGCAAAAUCAUGAUGAACAUGACGGAUUUCACGAGAGGUUGCGGACCAUUGAAGACGACGAUGGAUGUGAUUCGUGCGGCGCAGGAAAUAUCUUUGGCUGGUUCGAAGCUCAACAAUCUUGCGCGCCAAAUUGGCGAGGAGAGCGCCGAUUCGCAGACGAAGAAUGAUUUGAUGGCGUAUUUGUCGCAAAUGACGCUCUAUUGCCAACAGCUCAACAUUUGUAGUAAGGUGAAAGCCGACGUGACGCAAGUUGGCAACGAGCUCGUCGUGUCGGCGCUCGAUUCGGCGAUGUCGCUGAUUCAGACGGCGCGCAAUCUGUUGACGGCCGUCGUGCAGACGGUCAAAGCCGCCUACAUUGCGAGCACCAAGUUCCGCCGUCCUAACUCGAACACGGUUCGCGUCGAAUGGCGAAUGGCGCCGCCGCGCAAACAGCCGCUCAUUCGGCCCACCAAAAACAACGCCAUCAUACGACGGGCAUCGGAACGACGGCCGCUUCCGCCGGCGAAAGCGCUCGCCGAAUUCACGUGCGGUUAA